GUUUGAAGUCUAAAUAUAAGUUUAAUACAAGUUUGAGUAAAUUUAAAAAACAAACUUAAAAUGUAUUCAAAGUUAGAAGAAAUGAGAAAUCAAUUUCGAGAAAGACUUACAUUAAGACCAGAAGAGUCUAAAAUUCAUUUCAUAAAAGUUGAGCAUCAAGGUAAUAAUAAUAACAACAACGACUAUUAUCCAAAAGUCGCUUCAAAUGUAACAAAUGUGUCGAAAAUUUCAAAUAUUGGACAUAAUUUGAAAGAUAAUACCAAUCCAUUUGUCUCAACAAAAUUGAGUGAAAACAGAAGUGCAUACAAACCAAUUACAAGACAAACUGUGACUUCCGAUAAAAGUUUGGCAAAGAAUGUCAUUAAUAAAGAGCCCAAAAGAUAUACGGAUUGGAACAACAACUUGAAAACUUCAUCAAAGUUGACUACAAAUGGCAACAAAUAUGGUAACAAAGAAUUACUGAGAACACCGAAGAGGCCAAACGUAUCGGCCAUACGACCCGCCCGUCCCAUCGCUUCUACAAAACGUCAAUUGAGAGGCACUGGGAGAGUGAGCUUUGAGGGAACUCCGUGUCGUUUCUGUGGCCGAUAUUUUGCAUUAACUGAACGCUUGGAAAAACAUGAAUCAGUUUGUACUCGUAAUUCAGCGAUAAAUGAAUCGAAAUAUAGAUUUGAUUCAAUGAAACAACGAUUUAAAGGAAAACCAAACGAAUACUUGAAGUUUUAUGAGGACUCACUAGCCAAUAAAGAGGAAGAGGUGCCAAAGAAGUGGAAUUGGAGACAAAAGCAUGAAUACUGUUUGGCGACCAUAAGGGCGGCCCGAGGGGACACAUACUCGGGUCCAACCACUUCUGAAAUUACUGCAUCCACUCAACAACAGUGCGAUUACUGUAAGCGACGUUUCAAUGAUGAUGCCAUUAAG